CAGGAGAAUUGUACCCAGUGCCAUGGACGAAGGAAGUCUUGACAUGCCUCAUAUCGAUGGAGAGGGCCAAUGAUGCUGGACCAAAUGGCGAUGAUGUGGCCCGCGGCUUUGUACAGGUUUGCUGUGUAGCGCUUUUCACUGGAACCAUGAUCAGGAGAUGGGCAGAGCUCCCAUUUACUCCCAGUAUCUGCAUUCUGUCCAUCUUUCUACUGUACACUUCACGUCACAUUUCGCACCAGGAUGUCAUUCAGUUUCUCCUUGAUAUUUGAUCUCUGAACGCUCAGUUUUGCUUGCUGCAGGUCCUAUUGCGACUCCACGAAGAAAUGAAGCCGAGAGAAGUUAAAUAAUGUGGAUAGAGGAAGGAUAGGCCCUAAAUAUCGUUGAUUUCUCCAAGAGCUCCC